AUGGAGGCAAAAUUCGCCCGCGCCGCUGCUCGCGACGAUUUGCGGCAGCGACGAACUGCGGCGGCGCAGCUCUCGUGGACUGGGACGGCGAUCCGCUUUGCGCUGCCGCUGCCGCUCGCCGCGGCAUUCACCUUUAGGGCAGUGGACGGCCUCAUCUUCGAGCCGGCGCUCAACGAGGCUGGGCUGCCGCCGCACGCCCUGCUCGGCUUGAUUAUGGCGACUUGGGUCUCGCUCUCCCUGCUCUCCGUCAGCCGGCCAUCUGUUGCGCUCGCGCUGGCUGCCACCGCCCUUGGAACCCUUAAGCAGAGGGUCGAUGGGGGCGUCCUCAAGCCGCCCGCGGUCUCGCCGACGGCUCCAGUCGUGGCGCUCGUCACGGGCGCGAGCAGCGGCAUCGGCCGUGAGGUUGCGGCCGAGCUCGCCCGCCAAGGCCACACCGUCGUCAUGGGCUGCCGCUCGGCUGCCCGCUGCUCCGCGGCGCGAGUUGAGAUCUUGGCCAGGCUCGACGUGCCGGGCUCGCGGCUAGUCAUCCCGCCAGACGCGCCACUCGACCUGGCGCGGCUCUCGACCGCGGCGCGCUUCGCCUCCGCGACCGGCGAGGCGACGGGCGGCGCCGCUAUCGAGCUGCUCGUCCUGAACGCGGGCUUUGUGCCUCUGGGCAGCGGCGGGAGCGGGCGGAGCGGCGAGUCGGGGCUCGAGGAGGGGCUCUACGCCAUGUACUACGGACACCAAGCUCUCGUGCGCGGCCUCGCCUCGCUCCACCUCCUUGGCCCCUCCGCCACCGCCGUCGUCGUGUCGUCGGAUGCGAUGCGGUUCGGAGGGUUCGACGGCUCGCUCGAGACGGGCUCGGGCGCGAGAGGCGAGGGCGAUCUCGCGGGCGAGGUGACGGCGGGCUGUGCGCUGCCCGGCCCUCUCCCGUGCGCCCCGCUCUGCUGGCCUGCGGCUGCGCCGGGCGUGAGCAACCUCGUCGAGAGCCCGCUCGUGCCUGCGACCGGCUGGUCGUUCGGCGCGUACGCGCGCGCCAAGCUGAGCGGCGCCCUCCUCGCCGGGGGAGCUGGGACCUGCGAUCCAGCGAGCGACCGCGACCUGCCGACGACGCUCGCCGCGCUGCCCCCCCUCUCGCUGCCUGUCUCUUUCGCUGAGUGGGAGGAGCUGCUGCCAAGCGUUGGCGCGCGGCUGACGGACGCGCUCGAGCGGUACGCGCUGCCGCUCUUCAUGCGCGACGCCGCGACCGCCGCCGCCGUCGUGCUGCGCGCCGCGGUGGGCCCGACCCAUCCCACAGGCCGGGCCGCCGAGCUGGGCGUGCACUACUUCAACGGGAUGGGCGAGGCCGUCGGCGACGCAUCGCUGACUCUGCGCGACGAGGCGCGGCUCGAGCGGCUGAGUGGCAGGCUCUGGGAGCUCGCUGAUGCGGCGCGCGAGGCGAGGGCGGAAAAGGGAGGCUCCGGGAAAUGAGGUCCCGGAGGCUGGGUUGUCUUGCGGCUUGGCGUGCGGCGCUGGCUCCAAAUGCAGGGCAGGCAUACUGGAUCGCGGCGUCCGGAACUGGAUCGCGGAGUGUCCGGAAAUGCUCGAUUACAACGAGUCAACCGGCCCUCGGGCCCUGGGGGUGCCGCUCGGCCGGGGCCCCGGUGGGCAAAACCCGCCUAAUUUAUCGGGGGGAGAAAUCUCCUGCUUUGCGUUUUGGCUACAUGAUUGUCCAUG